AGCAGCGCAGCCGAUAAAACGAAGAUCAGAUGCGAGAUAGUUGUUGGUGUUUGGUAUUUGCUUACUAUAUUUUGCAUAUCUUGUGUCAUGUGCUUGUUAAAUGAAUAAUACUGAAGUGUAGGGCCUGUCAUUAUUCUUAUUGACCUGAGUUAAGAACAUAAUUAAAGAUCAUCACAAAUACAAAGUUACUGGAAUAAUGUUGAAUUCGCCAUCUAGAUCGAAUAGCAGGGCUGGUGGUAGCUUAUCCAAGAAAUACAGUGGCAUCCAUGAAAUGAAAACUGAGCUUAGCCUUUUAUUAGAGUCUUUGAAAUAUCACAUUAACUGCCCGGAUGCACAGAAAACGGCCUUGUCAACCCUCUCUGCAAUGCUUUUGCAUUCAGAUGAUGCUAAGGAAAUGUUCCGGAAAUGUGGCGGUUUACUAUUUGUGAGAACUCUGCUGACAUCGGUUGAUAGUGAGCAGGUGAAAGUUGCCGCUCUUUACACUCUUGGAUGUGCCUUGGAGAAAACAACAUUGUCACAGAAGCAUCUAUGUGAAGCCUCCAUGUUUCAGUUCCUUCAUUCUCAACUUAUAAGUGAUGAGUCAAGUAACCAACUCAAGACAUUAUCAACUUUUCUCAUCCUUUGUUUAGUUACCAACAAUAGUGUUGGCCAGAUGAUUGUUAGGGAGUCCAAGUGUUUGAAUGCACUUCUGGCCCUGUUCAGUAGCAACAAGUUAAGAAAUUCCCUUUUAAAACCAGAAGAAAAUAGUUGGCUGGAUCAUAUAAAUGAAGAGGAAGGCCAAUACAAGCUUUGGAAGAGCAUAACAAGUUGCUUGUGUGGGUGUGUUAAUAAUCCACAGAAUGUUGACAACCAGCUGAUGUGUGCUUCUGUAUUUCCUGCUGCUCUGUACAUCUUGGAGAAGACCAGUAAUCAUGAUAUAAUGAGACUGGUUCUCUCAUUCAUCAGUAUGACAGUUGCAAACAAUGAAAAAAAUCAGAAUAGAUUUGCAGACCUUAGUGGCUUGAAAGUGUUGGUAGAAGUACUCCAUGAUCAAGUAAAGAUGUUACAGAUGCAUCAAACGUCAGAAGCCAUACGAAUGACAGAGCAUAUUGCCAGCACUGUUGUCUCAUGCAUUGAAGAUAAUGAGGAAAGCCACUCAUUAUUUGCUGAUUUACAUGUAAUCCCCCUGCUAUUGCAAACAUUGACAGUGGAUUCUUCAGACACCAGCACUAAGUUGCAAAUUGUUCUAGCACUUGUUCAGUGCACAGAUUCUUGUGAGGAAACUCAAAGACAGUUUUUAGCAUGUGAUGGUGUAACCUUACUUGUGCAACUUAUGUCGGAAGUACAAGAUGAGGAAUUUUCCAAAACAGCCACAUACCUACUACAGAUGUGCCUAGCUUCACAGAAACUAAACGUGUUACCAUCAUUUAAAACGAUUCCAGAAACAGACAAAAAGAGGGAUUUUCUACAACACUACAGACACCAGAAGUAUAAUAUGUCAUUAGCUGCUGGUGGUUAUGGUGAAAAUGGCCAGCAUGAAGACACUCAAAUACCAAUAACAAGAAAAGAAUCUCCUCACAACUGUAGCACAGAAAGUCAGGGAAUAACACAGAAUAUACAGGCAAUGGUACAGACCAUGGUUGAAAUGUUUCAGAAAACAUUGAAUCAGUCAUGUAUUGACACCCCAAAGGUCAUAAAUUCUGGAGAUGCAGAGACCAGUCAGAAAAGCAUCAAGGAAUUGCAAAAGAGUUCUGCUAUUACCAAGAAUUCGAGCAACAAUGUUGUCUCUUCAAAUCAGUCGUUAGGAGAUGAUGAGUGUAUGAUGGAUGAACAACCCCAAAACAACUGUGAUGCAGGGAAUACUAGAACAUCAGAAACAACUGUUGACUUUUGUAAAACCCCUUUAAAUGACCUACAGCAGCUUGAUGAAAGACUCAAACACCUAGAAGAAACAAUCAAGUUAGGAGCAAAUCACAGCCCAGAUCCCAAAAUACACAUACCAGGUUGCUGUAAGCAAGCGUCUCAAACUGAAAACCAUUCACUGAUCAAAAAGCAACCAGUUAGAGAAAUAUCUACACAAACACCAACAAGGAAUAACAUCAGAAAUGUGAAGAAAGGCAGAGGCAACAGAAAAAAGAACCAGUCAGAUGGACGAAGCUCUACUGAGAAUGAAAAAUUAACAAUGGAUAUACAACAAGCAAUAUCAAGCUAUGUGUACAUGAAUUCACAGUCAUCUGAUGGAGUCAGUAAAGCAUCUGAAUCAGAUAUCUUCAAGAAACCAGAAGCACCUGGGAGACACCGGAAGAAAGAAAAGGCAGCCAAGACAUCAAAGAAACCUAUGAGAACACUUUAUAAUGUCAACAGUCAAUUUCUGAUGUCACAUGAUGACAGUGAGCCUGAAUCAGAAGGUAAUAGUUGUGAUGAACUUGAAAGUGCAUCACAGAUUGGAAGAAAUUUUAAAGACCAUGUUCAGAGUAAUGAUGAUGAUGAUGAAGAUAAUGUGAAUUGUGUUCCUUCUGAGAUGCCACUAACUUCACCUCCAGUCAGACCACACAACAAAAUCAUUGACUAUGAUAAUUGCAACGAAGACAAUCAAUAUAAUGAGUCUGAUCUUGAGAGUGUUAUUUCUGAGUUGUCAAUGAUUCCCUCUGUGAUCGAAUGCUAUCGGAAGCAGAAUAGAAGAAAUCCAGUUGAAGAUUGGCUAAGGGAAUCUUGUACAGAUCCUGAGAAAUGUGGCAAACAAACCGAAGAUACCGCCACGUCUGUCAAGAAGUUCUGCCGCUCACAUUCCAAGUAUGCCACAAGAAAAACUGACAGGUCUGAUGCCAAUCAGACAUUAUCUCACAGUAAGCCAUCCAUCAGAUCCAGAAGGAAACAUUCAACUGAUGAUGACUUGCCAUGUUUAGCAAGACCCUCUGACGCAACUCUAGGGCAUCAUUCUGCAAAGCGAAUAGCCUACAAAGUCAGAUGCGGAAAAGAUAAUGAACAAGGUGAGGAUUUGAUGAUAAGGAACAAAUUACAUCCAGCCUCCAACAAACGGCCAGUCAAUGGAUUUACAAUACACAAGGAUGAUGACUGCAAGACCAAAGGUAAAAGUUCUGAUGCUUUAGUGAUUGCAAGGUUAUUCAAGCAGUGCCCAGGAUGUGUACCUCCAGUUGGCCUACCUUUGCUGAACAGCAUCAAUUACACCCGUGUCCUCAAGAACUGUAGACACACCUGUAAGGAGCACCGAUAUAUCAUCGGUAUAACUGAGAAGUACAGGCAACGUGUCAGAAAAAAAAUUACUGUGACAGAUAAAAUGACAGAUCACAAGGAACAACAAUUGACAGUCCACCAAAGUCUACAUGAGAAAAGGAGAGAUGGACAUGAAGGAGUCCUGCUUUCAAGGAGUGGAAACAUGAUGGAGAAUCAAAGGAAAGAUGGCCCAAGCUAUAGCUUCAGGGAAAGAGAGAAGCAGGAAUUGCAACAAACUUCUGCUAUUACCGAGAAUUCCAGCAAAAGUGUUGUCACAUUUAAUCAGAAGUCGUCAGAAGAUGAUGAGUGUAUGCUGGAUCAGAGGAAAGAGAACCCAACCUAUAACUUCAGGAAAAGACCAAAACAGAAGUAUUUUAAAUCGGAUCAUGAUGAACCGAUUACAGAAAAAAGACGACGAAGAAAGGAUUACACAGACAUAGAGAUUGAGAACUUAAUUAUUGGAGUGAGAGAAAAAGGCAAGAAUUGGAACAACAUUCUUUGGAGCUAUGAAUUUCAACCUGGUCGAACUAAUGUAGAUCUUAAAGAUAAAUAUAAACAGAUGCAGAAGAAGAGAUUACAGGCAUACUAAGGACAGACGUAUUAUGGACAGGCAAUACCAUGUGCGUCACAUGUCCUUACGGAAAAAAUCAGGAGCAAUAUUAAGAAAAAGGCACUUAUAGUAAAGUCAGAAAUUCGAACCUUCUGGAACAUGGACCUGAAGAUAAGAAAGACAUUAGUAAAAUUUGAAAGUAUAAUUUUGUUUUAUAUUUAUGCUAAAGAUAUAUAUUGCAGUGCACCUUCCAAUUCGAGGCCCCCUCUAAAUCAGAGACCCCGCUGAUUCGAGACCGCUUUUCCAAAGACCUAAAUAACAAUCUUCAACCUUUUAACACUAAGCAAGCCCUCUAAUUGGAGAGAACCCUGAGACAACCCCAAAUUUUCAGGUAAUGAAGGUGGUCUCAAAUUGGAGGGUUAACUAUUUAAUUAUUCUAUCAGUACAGUUUUAUAUUUCUAAUAGUAUAUUAUAGUUGUAUAAUUCAUACAUAAUAAUAUUAUUUAAUUACGCUAUUUAACUGAAGAAACUAAUAAUACAUCAGUACUUGUCAAUGCAAUGAGUUUAUAGAUUGAUAGUGUAACCACAAAUGUUUCAGUUUAUUUUAGAAGUAUAGAGUAGUUUUUUGUGAAAAUUUUAUUGUCCCAACAGGGAUUCAAGAAUGUGAUAGUAUUUUGUUUGGUGUGAACACCACAAGGAUAAACUGUUUGAAGAAUACUCUAAUGUAAUAACUAUAAUUGAUAUUUUCUAUUACAAUUAAAUAUGUUUAUAACAAAAAGCGAACGUCACAAGAAAUAUCCUGAAUAAUUGAGAACUUUUAUUUAAAAAAAAAAACACCAAAAAAAAUGAUAGUUUAUUCCAAGUUGUAUUUUCUAAUACUUGAGAAAUGAGGAGUCAUUUCAAGCCUUAGUUAGUGGGGAGUAAUUGUCACUUGGGGUCAAAUAAAAGUGAUUUUGAUUGCCUUAUACAUGCAUCCACUUUUUAAUCAAAGUAACUACCAAAAAGACAUGCAAUGAUUGGGUUGACUAUUUUCAUUCUAUAGUGAACAACAAAAUUAUUUCUAUGUCAUUGUUUGAGCUUCUAUGUUUUAUAGCUCAUUCUCAAUGCUGACCUGUCUUGUGUAACAACUUAGCUUUUUGGCCACAACAUGGCUUCAAAUUAUACAGUUACCCACAGAAUCUUGUAUUGCCUAAUAGUAACUACUAAGUUUCAGAAAAUAAAAGAUGGAAUUCCACA